AUGGCGGAGAAGCCUGAAGUAUUGGACGCUGUGUUGAAGGAAACUGUGGAUUUGGAAAAUAUACCCAUCGAAGAGGUCUUUGAGAAUCUGAGAUGUAGCAAGGAGGGCCUCAGCAGUGAGGCUGCUGAGGAAAGACUGACCAUUUUUGGGCACAACAAGCUUGAAGAAAAGCAGGAGAGCAAAUUUUUGAAGUUUUUGGGUUUUAUGUGGAACCCUCUCUCGUGGGUUAUGGAAGCUGCUGCUAUAAUGGCCAUUGCUCUUGCAAAUGGAGGAGGUAAGCCUCCCGACUGGCAAGAUUUUGUGGGUAUUAUUACUCUCCUUGUCAUCAAUUCCACUAUUAGUUUCAUCGAGGAAAACAAUGCCGGUAAUGCGGCAGCAGCACUCAUGGCUCGUCUUGCUCCAAAAGCCAAGGUCCUUCGAGAUGGAAGGUGGAAUGAACAAGAGGCUGCAGUUCUAGUACCUGGUGACAUAAUCAGUAUUAAGCUUGGUGAUAUUGUUCCAGCUGAUGCUCGUCUACUUGAAGGGGAUCCUCUAAAAAUUGACCAGUCUGCACUUACAGGCGAGUCCCUUCCAGUGACAAAAAGCCCAGGGGAUGGUGUGUACUCUGGUUCGACUUGCAAACAAGGAGAGAUUGAAGCAGUGGUCAUUGCCACCGGUGUUCAUACCUUCUUCGGGAAAGCUGCUCACCUUGUUGAUAGCACUAAUCAAGUGGGCCACUUCCAAAAGGUCUUGACUGCAAUUGGGAAUUUCUGCAUAUGUUCCAUUGCUGUGGGGAUGGUAAUAGAGAUAAUUGUCAUGUACCCGAUACAAGACCGAGACUAUCGUCCUGGAAUUGACAACUUGCUUGUGCUUCUCAUUGGUGGAAUUCCAAUUGCAAUGCCCACAGUUCUGUCAGUGACAAUGGCUAUUGGGUCUCAUAGAUUAUCACAGCAGGGAGCUAUUACAAAGAGAAUGACAGCAAUUGAAGAGAUGGCAGGAAUGGAUGUCCUUUGCAGUGACAAGACUGGAACUCUAACAUUAAAUAAGCUUACUGUUGACAAAAAUCUUAUUGAGGUCUUUGCAAAAGGAGUGGAUCCAGAUACUGUUGUGCUGAUGGCAGCUCGAGCCUCCAGAGUGGAGAAUCAAGAUGCAAUAGAUACUGCUAUAGUUGGGAUGCUCGCUGAUCCUAAGGAGGCACGUGCUGGUGUUCAAGAAUUACACUUCCUUCCUUUCAACCCUACUGAUAAACGAACUGCAUUAACAUAUCUUGACCGUGAUGGUAAAAUGCAUAGAGUUAGCAAAGGUGCACCAGAGCAGAUUCUAAAUCUUGCCCACAAUAAGUCAGACAUUGAGCGUAGAGUUCAUGCUGUUAUUGAUAAGUUUGCUGAGCGAGGUUUACGAUCUCUUGCAGUAGCAUACCAGGAAGUUCCAGAAGGAAGGAAAGAGAGUGCUGGAGGCCCAUGGCAGUUUGUUGGCCUAAUGCCACUCUUUGACCCACCUAGGCAUGACAGUGCAGAGACAAUAAGGAGGGCUUUGGAUCUUGGUGUAAAUGUGAAGAUGAUUACAGGGGAUCAACUGGCCAUAGGAAAGGAAACUGGACGUCGCUUGGGGAUGGGAACCAACAUGUAUCCUUCAUCUGCUUUGCUAGGACAGGACAAGGAUGAGUCGAUUGUUGCUUUACCGAUUGACGAGCUGAUAGAAAAAGCUGACGGCUUUGCUGGUGUUUUCCCAGAGCACAAAUACGAGAUUGUGAAACGCUUGCAAGCUAGGAAACAUAUCUGCGGAAUGACUGGUGAUGGAGUUAAUGAUGCUCCUGCCCUUAAAAAAGCUGAUAUUGGUAUAGCUGUUGCUGAUGCAACAGAUGCAGCUCGCAGUGCUUCUGAUAUUGUGCUAACUGAACCUGGCCUUAGUGUCAUCAUUAGUGCUGUUUUGACCAGUCGGGCAAUCUUCCAGAGGAUGAAAAAUUACACAAUAUAUGCUGUUUCCAUCACAAUUCGUAUUGUGCUUGGUUUCAUGUUGCUCGCCCUCAUAUGGAAGUUUGAUUUUCCACCUUUCAUGGUUCUUAUUAUUGCCAUCCUCAAUGAUGGCACUAUCAUGACGAUAUCAAAGGAUAGGGUUAAACCAUCUCCUCUGCCAGAUAGCUGGAAGCUGGCCGAGAUUUUUACAACUGGAGUUGUGCUUGGUAGUUACUUGGCAAUAAUGACUGUGAUAUUCUUUUGGGCAGCAUAUAAAACAGACUUCUUCCCAAGAGUAUUUGGGGUGUCAACCCUAGAGAAAACAGCUAAUGAUGACUUCCGGAAGCUUGCCUCUGCUAUAUAUCUACAAGUGAGCAUUAUCAGUCAGGCCCUCAUAUUUGUUACUCGGUCUCGAAGUUGGUCGUUUGUUGAGCGUCCUGGAUUGUUGCUUGUGGUGGCUUUUGUGAUAGCUCAGCUGAUUGCCACCUUGAUUGCAGUCUAUGCAAAUUGGAGUUUUGCUGCCAUUGAAGGGAUUGGAUGGGGUUGGGCUGGGGUGAUCUGGCUUUAUAACCUUGUCUUCUAUUUCCCUCUGGAUAUCAUAAAAUUCAUGAUACGCUAUGCGCUGAGCGGGAAGGCUUGGGAUCUUCUCAUUGAGCAAAGGAUUGCUUUCACAAGGCAAAAGGAUUUCGGAAAGGAACAGCGUGAGCUUCAAUGGGCACAUGCACAAAGAACAUUGCAUGGGUUGCAACCACCUGAUACCAAGAUGUUUACAGAACGCACACAUUUCACAGAACUCAAUCAGAUGGCUGAAGAAGCCAAAAGAAGAGCUGAGAUUGCAAGGUUGAGGGAGCUCCACACACUGAAAGGUCACGUAGAAUCGGUGGUGAGAUUGAAGGGACUUGACAUCGACACAAUUCAGCAAGCAUACACAGUUUAA